AUAAAAAUAAAACAAAAAGUUUUUGCUGUUUUGCAACACACUAUAGACGCGGUUCGGUUCGUGAACUAAAAUUAAAUUUUGAUUAAUUUCAUGGAGUAGAAUAAUCAGGUGCAUUUUUCGAUCCACCCACGUAACUCCCCCAUCAGCGGAGCAAAAUGACCGACUCGGAUGAAAGCGCUUCUCGGUUCACGGACCUCUACAAGAACAAAUCCCGCGGCAAAGAGCAGCACCAAUCCGAACGCCGGCGAACUCUCCUAGAGGAACAGAAACGACUCCGGCAAACCGAGGUAGACAGUUCCCGUCCCGGGCUGCUGGAAUUGAUCGAGGCCGAAAACACAGAAUCGGACUGCUCCUCGACGGACCAUCAACAGCUGGAACGAAGGCGAUUCCGUCCGAAGGUUUGGUUCAGUAAACUCUACCGGGACAAAGUGCAACUCUCCGAAUGGAUGUACGAAAAGCCGGACGAUUUGGAGAAUUGGUUCCUGGUGCCGUGCCCCGUCGGAAUUCGAUGUCUUUUGGUGAUCAGGAAGGGGCUGGCGGUGGCCUACCGAAAGGAUGGAAGGUCGAUUACACGGUUUUCCACGCGGCUAGGGAAGAAGCAACGAGUGACCGUUUUGGACUGCUUCAUGACAAAGAGCCGUAUUUUCUACGCUCUGGAUUUACUGGUCUACAACGAAAUGGAUCUGGUGCAAUGGGAAUGUCAGUUUCGGUUCCAAUGGUUGCGGUCCAAAAUGGAGGAGGACAACCUGCAAAAACGGUUUUGUACUGCGAUGGAAAAUCCAUGGGAACUGGAGCUAAUUCCUACGAUGGAUUUUAAAUCUCCCGGGCAAGUCGAACAAUGUUUGUCCAAGUACCCCAUGUUUCCGGAUACCCCCUUGGAUGGAUUGCUCUUCUACCACAAGGAAUCAAAUUACAUCUAUGGACGGACGCCGCUUGUCACGUGGCUGUUCCCCUUUAUGGUACCGGAAGUCCUCGGGAGCGAAUGGGGUCACCUUUUGAACCAUCAAUACCUACAGAAGAUUCCUGACAGUUAUCAAGACUUAGGCCACCGAGCUUACAUGGACGAGUUCGAUGCCAAGUUGGCGAAGAAACGAUCUCGACGGGUUAAUGGACGAAUUUGUCACAUGGAGGAAGGCGAAGAGGAUGGACAAGAUGAGUUGGCCAUCUGGGAGGAAAUGGAAGCGAUUCCGGUAGAGGACGAUGGGUACGCCGACGACGACUGGCAGCAAAAGGAGCUGGACCAGAUUAGGCGACUCGAGAUGGAGGGCUAGAGCAACUGUGGAUCAGGUAUGUGACGAUAUUUCUCCAUAAUCGAUAGGACGAAAAAUAUCAAUGACGAAUGGUAUUUUGACCAACAGAUAUAAUCAAACCAAGAGCAGAAAAGAAAUCCUUGAUGUUACUUUUUUAAUUUAAUAUUGCUCCUAUUUAUAACAUUAAUCAAAUCUAUUUUUAAGAAAUAAAACGAUGCGGGAUUGACUGUUCAAUACCAUCUGAGGAAUAAGAA